AUGGAUCGCCGACAAGACUACAACAACUACCACCGCUCUUCUGAGAGCUCCCGGCAGUGGAGCGACGAGGCAGUCCGGGGCAGCUGGGACUCGAGCUUCCAGCGGGCCUCUGCAGUAUCAUCACCACCAGACCAGACCUCGUCGAGGAGAAGGAUAAGCCCGAAUGCGUACGAUAGACGGCAAAACAUGGUCAACCAGUGGCUCGGGCAGCAGCAGUUUCAGCAGCACCCUCAGGAACCCACCGUGGCCAUGGACGCUGUUUCGGACUUUACGACUCCCACAACCUCUCCUGCCAUCAGCGACUCUGCAACCUUUACAUCCCGAACUGGAGAUUACUAUCAGAUGCACGCUACGACAAACGACUACCUGGCUCCCCCUUCAAGAAACUCGGUACCUUACCGACCAUAUGACAACGGCGCUCCCUCUUCAUCCCGAGACCCGGCACCUCGGACCAUGGAUUACCGCACCGUCGACUACCGUCAGACUGACUACCACCAGUCUGAAGACCAAGACCUGCGCGGGAUAGGGGCAUUUGCAAGCACAGACAGCUCUCGACGGAAAGUCAAGUACAAGCCACUGAGCAGCUGGCAUGGCCUCUGGCUCCCUCCUCCCGAGUGA